AUGGCAAGAGGGGACGCGGUCUGCGCCUGCGCGGCCGGCGCAGAAAGCGGCACAUCCUGUGUAUGCGCCUCAGAGAAAACGGGGCGCAUUACUCCGGCGCCGCGCCGCCCGCGCCGUGCUGCGGACCAAGCCCUUGCCAAGAAAGCCGCCAUCGCUGAGAUCGUCUCUUCUCUCAUCCGUCUGCACGCCACGCCAAACGCCGCCUCCGUCACAUCCAUCAAGACGGCCGCGGCGAAGCGCCACGGCCUGGCCGACUACCCGAAGCAGGUCGACAUCCUCGCCGCCCCCGUGCGCACGGCGAGCGGCAUCGCUGUCGUUGCCGUCAUGUCCAAGCCGCAUCGCUGCCCGCAUAUCGCUACCACCGGAAACAUUUGCGUCUACUGCCCCGGAGGUCCGGAUUCUGACUUUGAGUACUCCACUCAAAGUUACACAGGAUAUGAGCCCACUUCUAUGCGCGCCAUUAGGGCCCGAUACGAUCCUUAUGUCCAGGUUAGGUCAAGGGUUGAUCAGCUGCGUGCGCUGGGGCAUGAUGUAGACAAAGUCGAGUUUAUUCUCAUGGGGGGCACUUUCAUGUCGUUGGAUAAUACCUACCGCGACUACUUUAUAAGAAACUUGCAUGAUGCUCUCAGUGGGCAUUCAUCGCAGUCUGUCAAAGAGGCUGUCAGGUACUCGGAACACUCGCAUGCCAAGUGCGUCGCCCUGACAAUUGAAAGCCGCCCGGACCACUCCUCCCCGCACCACUUGUCGGCUAUGUUAGAGUACGGCUGUACUAGAUUGGAGAUUGGCGUCCAGAGUGUCUAUGAGGACGUCGCGAGGGAUACGAACAGAGGGCAUUCGGUGCAAGCAGUGAGUGACUGCUUCCGUCUCGCAAAGGAUGCAGGCUUUAAGGUUGUUUCACAUAUGAUGCCGGAUCUUCCAAAUAUGGGGAAGGAAAGGGACAUGGAGUCGUUCAGAGAGCUUUUCGACAACCCAGCUUUCCGUCCAGACGGGCUAAAGAUAUAUCCUACGCUCGUCAUUCGCGGCACUGGACUUUACGAAUUGUGGAAGAACGGUCUUUACAAGAAUUACGCUCCGCCAGACCUCAUCGACCUUAUCGCACGAAUCCUCGCGCUAGUGCCACCGUGGGUGCGCGUGUACAGAAUACAAAGAGACAUCCCCAUGCCGUUAGUUUCAUCCGGGGUGGAACACGGAAACUUGCGUGAGCUUUCACUGGCACGCAUGCACGACCUCGGUCUGCCCUGUCGCGAUGUGCGCACACGUGAAGUGGGAAUCCAAACAAUUCAUUUCCAGAUUAACCCCGAGCAGGUCGAACUCGUGCGCAGAGAUUACGUUGCAAAUGGGGGGUGGGAGACCUUCCUUUCAUAUGAGGAUGCGGCUCAGGAUAUUCUUGUCGCUCUUCUGCGGUUGCGGCAGGCUGGGCCGGGUGCCGGUGCAGUCAGACCUGAAAUGGCAGGUGAGGAAUGCAGCAUUGUCCGCGAGUUGCAUGUAUAUGGAUCCGUUGUGCCGGUGCAUGAGCGGGACCCCGGAAAGUUUCAACAUCGCGGCUUUGGUACCUUGCUGAUGGAAGAAGCAGAGAGAAUAGCCGCAGAGGAGCAUGGGUCAACGAAAGUUGUCGUUAUAUCUGGAGUUGGAACGCGCCAUUAUUACAGAAAGCUCGGAUAUGUUCUUCAAGGACCGUACAUGGUGAAGAACGUUCUACUUUUCAACUUAUUUUCUCUCGACUUGUGCUUGCUCAACAAGAAGGAAAAAGAUACUCUCGCCACAGCAGGUGACUUAUGCGAUGCGGAAGGAUAG